AUCCCAUCCCGCUGCCCUUCCAGCUCCUCCUCCCACCGCCCGAUCCAUCCCGCCCCGCUCCCGUUCCAGCUCCGCCUCCGGCCCGGCCGCGCUGCCCCCGCCCAUGAGGGAGCCGGAGCCGCCUUCCCGGCAGCGGCAGAAGAUGGCGGCGGCCGCGGGCUGGGCGCUGCUGGCCCUGGCGCUGUGUCUGAGCGCGGCGGCCGCGAGCGGCGGCUCCGAGGGGAAGCGGCCGCCCAAGAAGAAGGACAUUCGGGACUACAACGACGCGGACAUGGCCCGGCUGCUGGAGCAGUGGGAGAAAGAUGAUGACAUUGAAGAGGGAGAUCUCCCUGAACACAAGAGGCCUCCAGCACCAAUAGAUUUCUCAAAAAUAGAUCCAGGCAAGCCUGAAAGCAUCCUGCAGCUGACAAAGAAGGGGAAGACUUUGAUGAUGUUUGUCACAGUGUCAGGAGAUCCAACAGAAAAGGAGACAGAAGAAAUCACCAGCCUGUGGCAGGGCAGCCUCUUCAACGCAAACUACGACGUGCAAAGGUUUAUUGUUGGCUCCAAUCGAGCCAUCUUCAUGCUGCGGGAUGGCGGCUAUGCCUGGGAGAUCAAAGACUUCCUGAUCAGUCAGGAAAGGUGUGCAGAUGUUACUCUGGAAGGUCAGGUUUAUCCUGGCAAAGGAGCAGACGGAAGUGAGAAAGUGAAAAACAAAACAAAACCUGAAAAAGCAAAGAAGAAAAAAGACACAGAGAAGAAAUCCAACGGCGUCAAAGAGGACAACCGAGCCACCAACCAGAGAGAGGAGCUAUGACAGCCACGGUGCCCAGACUGAAUCCUGCUCUGCUGCUCCUCGAAGGGAAUCUGCUGAUGAGUUCUGGCUUUUGGGGAGGAAGGAAGCAGAGACUACUGAAGUUUAAAUUUAUGUUGAAAUUCACCAGUUUACUCAUUGCUGUCGGCCAUUUGUUUAGUUACAGGAAAGGUAAUGCUUCAUGGCAGCAAUUGACUGCUUUAGUUUGUAAUUUUUUUAUGCUUUUGUUGUUGUUUAAAACUAGCAUACAAAUCUGUGUGUCUAACAUCACAAACUUAAUUUAAGUGGCAAAGAAGAAUUAUGGUCUCAGAAUACACUGAUGUUCAUCUGUAGUAGCUGUGCCUAUCUUGGGUGUGCAAAUCAUGGAUUCACUGCUGCUGAGAGCCAAGUGCAGUGUGAAAAGAUUCUUUUGGAUGAUGGUUUGAUGGACAUAGUUGGCACAAAACUGUCCAAAGUAGCAAAGAAUAGUGGCCAAAGAUGCCUGAAAUUACAGGGUUUAGGACAUGUUUGGUUAGAAUGCCUGUUUGUUUAAAAUAAACUCAACCCAUGUGUCCCAGGAAAUCUGUGCUUAGCAGUGUGAUGGAUGCUAGGUAGGAACUCUGCUCAUGCACUCCAGAUCUGUGCAGGAGGGACACUCUGUGCCUGCAGAGGUGAAUGGAACUGUAGCACCUGCACGAGCAGUGCCAGGGUGGAAAGUGAAGAUGAAUCCAGGGCACUCAGGCUGCUCCUGCUGCUGAAGGACUGUGCCUGUGCAAGCCCCUGUUCCUUGUGCCCUGUUACUCAGGCAGUGAGCUGGAAGAAAAACAUUCUAGCUCUGAAGUUAAUUUGGUUUACUGAUUUAAUGGUUUGUUUAUGUAUUUGAAAAAGCUCUAGCACAGAGUUAAACUUCGAGUCAGACAUAUCACUUACUGAUGCUGAUCUGGUUAGAUUUUGGUUGGGUUUUUUUCUUGGUACAGAUUCCUGACUGACUUGAUUGAUUGUAAAUGACCAUUUGAUUCAAAUACUCUGAAGAUGAGCCAAUACUUUGUAUAAUUGGGGAGGUUUUAUUAUUACUCAGAUUGUAUUCAGUCAAAUGCUUUGCUUAGAAUUGUUUCCCUUCUGCCUUACUACCAGUUAGGGACAAAAGGCACCGAGUCGUGUGGUCCACAUCAUUUUGCAGAGGAUGAGCACAGUACCAGCUGUCCUCAUUCAAUACUGGUAUGGUGUUACUUUUUCUUUAAGGUGCUAAAAUCCAAGUGACUUGGAUAAAAGGCCUAAUUGAACCAUAAUGGUUGAUCUUGUGGAAUACUUCAGUAUCAAAAGUAUGAAACUGUAACUGAGUCCUUGUUCUAAAAUAAAAGAUGUCACUAAACUUACUGUUUUGAGGAGUAGUAAAACCUUUUAAAUAGAUCUGCAUUUGGUUCUGUAUUCAAGAGGCAGACUAACUCAUCUUUGGUUUCUGUAUGAAAGGACUAAAUCAUGUUGAUGAAGGUUCCAGUUGAUUCAUUUUAUUUAAUUUUAAUUAUAUUUGUAUGAAUUUAGAUUAAAGAAAUCUUUGCAGCUACACUUCAUUAAACAGGCCUGUACCUGUUUGAGUGGAAAAUUAAAUUUUUUUUCUUCAGGAUUAACUAUUACUUUUUUUUUUCAACAAGAAGAGUUGAAAAGAGUCUCAGUGAUACUUGCAUAGUUGAGCUGUGCAGUCCAAUUUUUGUGCAUAACUAAUUUAUCAUCUGGAUUAGCACCACCUUUCAUAAACAAUACUGCUUCUCAUCUCAAGAGAAGAACAGAGGUCAGAUGAAACUAUAAAAAUGAAAUAUUAAGGACUUUUUGCUUUUCAAAGUUAUGGUAUAGAGGUGACUGUUCAGAUUUUGAUCAGAAAGACAUGGAAGUGCAGUUUUGUAUUCCUCCUAAUGUUGUUUCCUUUUUGAUCAGGUUGGGUUUCAGACUGUUGGAGAAACAAUUACUACACUAUAGCUAUAGCCCAGCUUUUGAGUACAGGUACUUCAGUCAUUCAUAAAUCUACAUUUACAGUAGAUUGGGUCUUUCCCCUUUGUAGCUAAAAGGAGCUUUGUUGAAAUUGAACCAGCCAAUUGACUUUUUUUUUUUUUUUGAUUGGUUGGUUGUUUCUGGGUCAGUCAUGCCAAAUGCAGGCGAGUCUUGUGCCACAUAGCUUAAUCAAAUUUCAAAGUGUUUGGGUGGUUUUUUUCGUUUGUUUUUUUUUUUUUUAGGUUUUCAUCUGUGUGAUGACUUGACAGUUGCUUUUUGAUAUAAACCACAAAAUGCUGCCUUCACAAAAUAAAUUUAUUUUACUCUUCCAUUUUUCUUCUCUCUUUUUCAUGCUUUACACUAAACAAAUACUGAAAUAUACCAGUAAGUGUAACAUGGCAGUCUGGCUGCUUUACCUCAGCCAGUCUUUCUCUGCUAUCACAGGUCAUUACUCAAGAAUAACCUGAAUUGCCUUUUAAAACUGAUCAAGUCUUUGAGAGACUUGCACUUGUCCUGGAACAGCAUUACAUAAUUAAAUAUUUGGUGAUGAGUUAAGAAGCCCAAACCCUAUCACACACAUGAAUACAUAUAUAUAUAUAUAUAUAUAUAUAUAUGUAUAUAUAUAUAUAUAUAUAUAUAUGUAUAUAUGUAUAUAUAUAUAUAUAUAUAUAUAUCUAAAUAAAUAUCCUCCAAAAGUUACAUAAGUCCAGGACUUAUGUAACAGGAAUGUUCCAUCUCCUUCACCUCAGGAGAUGAAGUCUUCUUUGGAGGCUUAUCAGGCUUUCAAUAACAGACUUUUUGGUUCCACAUACAGGACAUUGAGAUACCUCCUUUAAAACAAAUUUCAACCUGUAGGGUGGUAAUUAUAGCUCUUAUUAUUUCCUUGGGUUUUUUUCCAGUUCUGUACAGAGAUACAUGGCAAAUCAUCUGUUUUCAUGACAGUGAAACAUCUGCUGCCUUUCUCCUCCCAGCAUAGUGGCUUCUCUGUUCUAGUGCUAGAACUAACUUUUCUGAGCUACUGUUAAAUUUUUAACCCAGCUGUCCUACUCAGAAAAAACAGUUUGUCAGUGAUGCUACACAGGAUGUGGUUGCACUUUGUGAAGAAUUUCCUAUGGACAAUAAAUUUUUUAUGUAAUAAAAUACUGGAAAAAAUA